AUGAAGUCCAUGUCGCUCUAUGUGUUGCUAGCCUUUUGUUUGACUCUGGGCUGGUUCAUUUUGACCCUUGUCAAUGUCAUUCGUUGCCCCUUGAAACGAGUGCCUGGACCGUUUCUUGCACGAUUCACAAGACUAUGGCUUCUGAAGCAGGUGUACUUUGGGACAUACCCCAAGACCAGUAUCGAACUCCAUAGGAAGUAUGGGCCCAUUGUACGCAUUGCACCGAAUGAGUACAGUAUCGACGAUCCUGCAGCAGCCAAGAUAAUCUAUGGCAGUGGUCGAGGAUUCACAAAGUCUCCCUGGUAUUAUGCCAGCGGCAAUCCCAUCAGCCCACUCCCCAACAUCUUCGCCGAGCCGAAUCCUCAUAUCCAUGCCCAGGCUAGACGAAAGGUCGCAGCUGCGUACUCGAUGACCAACUUAGUCCAACUCGAGCCUUUCAUCGACAAAUGCUCCGCUGUUUUUCGGGACCGAUUAGAAGAGUUUGCUCGGUCUGGUGCCUCCGUGGAGAUAUCCCACUGGAUGCAGUGUUAUGCUUUCGAUGUAAUAGGCAUGAUGACGCUCGGAAAACGAUUUGGCUUCUUAGAUUCCGGCGAGGAUAUACAAGGAAUCAUGUCGUCUCUGAGCCAGUACCUGGUUUACUGUGCCAAUGUAGGGGUAUUCCCAGAGUGGCACAAGGCUCUUUUUCGCAGGCAAAUGCGUUCAAAGACUGUAUCUGGUUUGACACAUGUCCGAGAAUUCGCCAAUGCGCAACUCGAAGAAAAGCGCGAGAAGGUCAAGGCAGAUGAAGAAGCCGAUGGCCAUGCAGCAGAGGACUUCAUCACCAAGUUCUUGCGUAUUCAGACUCAAGAUCCGGCAAAGGUUACUAACGCUGACAUUAGCUCAGUAUGUACCAUGAAUAUUGGUGCUGGUUCUGACACAACAUCCAUCAGUUUGACUUCAAUCAUCUUCAACUUGAUCAAGCACCCGAGAGUUCUCGAACGACUCCGUGCUGAGAUCAAAGAGCAUGAGACUCAAGGCACAAUAUCGGAUCCAAUCAAGUUCGCUGAAGCCAACCGACUUCCCUAUCUCCAAGCUGUCAUCAAAGAAGGCCUACGGAUGCAUCCUGCCACUGGGCUGAGUCUGGGCCUAGUCGUUCCACAAGAUGGUGCAAUCUUGGUAGGGCAAUACUUUCCUCCAGGAACUGUCGUCGGUAUAAAUGCAUGGGUAGCCCAUGCCAACACCAAGGUGUUUGGUCAUGACGCCCGUGUAUUUCGGCCCGAGAGGUGGCUCGAUUACCCAGAACUGGUCAAAGAACGCGAAGCAUAUUUUAUGACUUUUGGCCUAGGCUCUCGCACAUGUCUGGGCAAGAACAUCAGCCUUAUGGAGCUUUCCAAAGCUGUUCCACAAAUAGUUCGGCACUUUGAGUUUGUUCCAGACACAAAGUCCGGAGAACCCGAGUACGUGACGGAGAAUGUUUGGUUUGUCAAGAUUAGGGAGUUCCAUUGUAAGGUCUACAGUAGACAUGGGCAGUGA